AUGGUCAUCGAACAAACUGGGAGGGGGGAACGUAGCUAUGAUAUUUUCUCCAGGUUGCUGAGAGAGCGGGUCAUCAUGUUAUAUGGACCGAUCAGAGACACAGACUCUGCGCUCACAGUUGCACAACUCUUGUUUCUUGAGGCGGAAGAAACAUCGAAGCCUAUUCAUCUUUACAUCAACUCCCCAGGCGGCAGUGUAACCGCAGGGCUGGCCAUAUACGAUACAUAUGUGUCUUCGCCCAUACAUACGUAUUGCGUGGGCCAGGCAUGUUCUAUGGGCUCGCUUUUGCUAGCUGCAGGUGAGAAGGGCAAGCGACAUGCUCUUCCACACUCAACCAUCAUGAUCCACCAACCGUCCGGCGGUGCUUCAGGCCAAGCAUCCGACAUCGUCAUCCACGCUAAGGAGAUCCUGCGCGUGCGUCAGUUGCUCACAGACAUUUACCAACGGCAUUGUGGCAAGGACGGUGAGAGCGUGGAAGCGGGUGUCCAGCGCUUCGAGACAGCCCUAGAGCGGGACUAUUUCAUGACAGCACAAGAGGCCCGUGAGUUUGGGAUAGUGGAUAGCGUGCUCGAGAAGCGGCCCAAAUUAGACACUGCGGCGUGA